AUGACUUCAGAUUUCCUCGGCGGUCAUCAUUGCGCCCAGAUGCCAUUGAAGUCAGGCGAGGAUCGUCUUGCUCUUGAGAAGGAGUACUACUGGCCGAAUGGAUCGGAGAUUGUUGUCAAUAUGUGGGGACAGAGCGACUUUGUUCGCAGCAAAGUUAAGCAGUUCGCGGAAGAAUGGACUCGCUAUGCCAACAUCACCUUCAAAUGGAUGGAGCGCGACGCCCCAGGAGAUUCCGAUAUCCGCGUCUCUUUUGACCGAGAUGGCUACUGGUCGUACAUUGGCACCAAUUGCCAUAAUGUCGGUCAGGACCAGCCAACCAUGAACUAUGUGUAUGAAUAUUACAAGCGGGUCUACAAUUGGGAUCAGAGUGCAGUUGACUUCAACCUGUUUGCAUCUGCGAAGCAGGAGGAUGUCAUCAACUCAAGAUACGACCGAACAUCUAUCAUGCAAUACUCGUACGAUGCUAGCAUGACACUCGAUGGCUCUUCAGCACCAUGGAACCGAGUCAUCUCCGACCUUGACAAGGUCUUCGCUAUGCGACUGUACCCCAAAGAGGGUAUUCAGCGCACUACCACAGACGGUGUCUACUUCAUCAACCGUGAGCGCAACGGGUUCGAAGCUUCCGGAAUUGCGUACUACUCGAAGUUCGGUAACAAUGACGGCCAGCAGCCUGACACCUACGUCGAAGUUUCUAAUGGAUCCUUCACUUGGUGGGAAAAUGGUGGAGAAGCGACCUUCAGUGGAAGCGGACAUGUCAUCAAGUGGAACUUGGCUGACGAUGCUGGACGAUCGCCACUCUAUACCAGAGUCGGAUUUGCGGACAAGGAGGGCGAGAAGUGGAAUGUUUAUCGCGACGACAACCGUGUGUUGUUCGAGCAUGACGGGUGGCAAUUUCGAGCUGUUUUCUGGGCCUUUUGAGAACUUGCAACUUAGGUAUGGCCGGUAAGAGCUGGAAGAUGGUGUUCUCGAUUUAGGAUAAGCUAUGGCAUUGAAGAACGAUGGGAGA